AUGAUGAACAACUAUGACUACCUCCCACUUAUGAAUGGCAACCGUGCUUUCAUCCGCAUCGAAAGCGUCUCAACAGGAAGCUUCAAGACAAAUGGUAAAGCUACAUUAGUUGCCAGAGUUGGACCAAGAACAACAUUCAUGCGCCAUUCCUGCGAAUUCACAGAGAAGAACAAACCAUUCCAGACAUGGGACUUCAAGUACACAGACCCAGCAAGAGCCUCUUUUGUUGUUGUUCUCUUCAAGAAGCACAUCUUUGGUGGUGAUGAAGAGAUCGGAGAAAUUGAACUUCGUCUCUCUGCAUUCGAAGCAAAUUCUGUUGUUACACAAGAAUUUGCUCUCAAGAGUCCAAGCAAGUUGAAUGUUCCAGCUAAGGCUACAAUUUCUGUUCACCUUAGCGAAGAUGGUGCUGAAGCUUUCGAUGUUCCAGAAGGAAAGAUCAUUUCUAACGCCGAAAUUCCACAUAAGACAACAUACUUCAAAUAA